AUGCCUGACGAGUACGAGUUGCAUGUUGUUUGUCUACUCAAAUAUCAUAAGGAAACGGGUGUCACUGGGUCUCCCGCUCCUAAACAGAGGCAACGUAAGGUCUUAGACCUGGAUGUUGUAGCUGCAGUUCGCAAGGCUACUAUACUUAGGAGUUCUUCCACUCCUAACAAGCCUCAACCUCUCCAAUAUCGUGCAACCUCCUCUGCCAAAGUACCUGACCCUCCUGUUCAUCUCAAGUUUCUCCAAAACGUCUAUGUCAAGGCUCGCGAAGACCCUUCCAUGAGGUCUCGUGCCUUAGAAUCGUUGGUGACCCUUAGUGCGGAUGACUUUCUCUUUCUGGAAUCAUCUGUAAUGCUAAGUGCUUCUAUGGAUUUGAGUCUCCAGCAGUACGCGGCAUUGAUGACUCAGGAAGUCAAUCGCCACAUGGCCAACCUUGUGGAUACUAGGCUUGUUCGCGAGAAAGCUAAGAAUGACGAGGCUCUGAUCAAGUCUUUGGCAAAGGAGCUCAAAGAAGAAAAGGAGCACUCUAGCAAGCAAAGACAGAAAAUGGAAAAGCUUUUGAGUAAGUCACUUCCCUCGCAGAUUAUUUCUUUGCCUUUGUCUCUACUUUUUUUAUUUUCUUAUGUCAUAUUUCGUCAAGCUCGAUGCAUGCAACGCCAAGCGAAUGCUUCCGAAUCAGCUGCCUCGCUAGAAGAUAUGCGUGCUGAGAACCUGAACCUCAUGACCCAGAAUGAUUGUUAUGUGUCCGAAAACACAAUUUUGAAUGAGAAGGUCGAAACUCAUUUCUCUCAAGUAGAUUGUUUGUCAAUUGACUGUUCGCAUGAUGAUAAUGAGCGCCUGAAGUUGGAGCUUGAGCGAGUCAACAACUCCCUCUUUACUUCAAGUAAUCUCCACCUUUCGUCGAUAGCUACUUUCAAGAGGUUGGAAGAAGAUUACGAGCGUGACAUCAACAGUAAAAUCAAGGUUGUAUCUAAUCUUCGCAGAUCUCGCAAUAAAGUGACUGAUUUGAACGAGGAGGUUGACCGUUUGAAGACGAAAAUGGAACUCCUUCCGCUCCAAGAUUCAGAUCUAAAAAUCUCCGAGCUGGAUCAUUUGUAUACCUAUAUUCAAGAGACUUUGAAUACCACCCUUUUGCAUUUGGAAGAGUCCGAAGAGCGCCACAAGAGCCAAGUCCUUCGCCUUUCCAACGAAAGGGAUGAAUCUCGCUUAGAGGCUUCCCGUCUACAAAAUGAGGUGGGUGACUUGAAUGCCGAUUUGGACGAGAUGAUGGAAACUUCCGCGAAGGUAACCAAGCUAUCUCGCAAGAAUACUCAGAACUACCUGGUUCCUCUUUUCGACGCUUACUGUGAUGAGCACGGCAUUCUUCAUCCUUUUUUUCCUUUGGAGGUGUUCUCUGAUGACGAGCAACCAAAGGAUGACGAAAUCGUCCCAGGCGAAGAAGAUGGGUUUUCUGAAGAUGGCGAGGAACAGAAGGUUGUUGACACGAAGGCCAUGGAAGAAGAUUCCAAGGAAGCUUCUUCUAGUACUGAUGCUGGUCUUGGUGGAGCGCGUGAUAAGAUCCCUGAAACAACCGUUACUGAUGACGCCUCUCCUCAGCAAUAG